ACAAAAAUGUAAAUAGAUGAGAAUUUUAACUUACAAACAUUCAAAUGUUAAUGAAAAUAAUGGAUUCUGAGAAUGUAGAUCGGCUAAGAACGAUUUUUUUUUGAUAAACUUGAACGAUUUAAUAUAAUAAUAAUAAUAGACGGAAAAGAAACCUGCGACUGAAAAGAGGUGUGACAAUGAGUGGUUCAUUUUAAGGUGUCAAAAGUUCAGAAUUUGCAGUUUUGUUCCAAACUCCAUUAACCCCAAAUGACACUCCAAAGCCUUCUCAAGACCCUGAAAACUAUUAAAAAAUCCUCCCCAUCAACCCUUUCUCCAAAUCCUUAUCAACACUUACCACACCUCGUCUCCCAAUGCCUAAGACCUUCUUCCAAGCCCCUCAAUGCCUCUACUUUUUCCGAUCUCAAUCCCACCACUUUCCAUGAUAUACUCACAAACCCAGAUUUUAAAGCCUCCAAAUGCUUCCGUUUCUUCGACUUUGUCGUCAAAAACCAAGCAUUGGUUUCCUUCAAGCCUGAUCUUCAAGUUUACUCGACCUUUAUGUCUAGGCUUCUCAAAGCCAGAUUGUUUUCGGAUGCUGAAGUUCUGUUAAAAUCUCUGUUAAUUGAUGAAAAUGCCAGGUACCCUUUUCUUGUUAUAGCUUCUACUUUUGAGAAUCGUUGUUUUGAGUCCAAAAUUAUGGCAAAGUUUUUUAAUUUAAUGCUGAAAGUUAAUUCUGAUAAUGGAAAAUUUGGUGAGGUAUCAAAUACUUUUGAUUAUAUGAAGAAUAAUGGGAUUAAGAUUGAUGAGAGAACUUGUACUGUUCAUUUAAACGCUCUUAAGAGAGCUGAUGAACUGGGGUUGGUUUUAGAUUUCUUUUAUCAAAUGGUAGAAACAGUUCUUGAAAUUUCUGUUUAUUCGUUGACAGCUGUGGUUGAUGGAUGUUGUAGAAAUGGGGAUAUAAAGAAAGGUAGAGAGAUAGUGGAGGAGAUGGCUGGUAGAGGGAUUAAAGCCAGUGUAAUAACUUAUAAUAAAUUGAUAGAUUCUUGUACAAAAAGACGGGAUUUUGAGGAGUUGGAUUUGGUGUUAGUUUUGAUGGAAAAAGGAGCAGUGGGAUUUAAUGUGGUGACAUAUAAAUUUUUGAUUGAUGGGUAUACGAGCUAUGGGAAAAUCGAAGAAGCUGAAAGGUUGGUUGGGGAGAUGCAUAAUAAAGGUUUGAGAGUUGAUACUUAUUUGUAUAAUUUGAUGAUAAAUGGGUAUUGUAAAUUAGGGUCAAUAGAGAGUGUGCUAUUGUUGUUCGAUAGAAUGAGCAAUAGAGGUGUAAAGCCAAAUGCUGAUACAUAUUGGCCGUUAAUAAAUUGGUAUUCUAAGGUUGGAGAGUUGUUAGUGGCAAUGAAGUAUGUAAAUGAGAUGCAAAAAAGGGGAUUUGAGUUGGACAAGGUUACAUAUGAUAUGUUGAUUAAUAGAUUUUGCCUGAAUGGAAUGGCUUAUGAAGCUUUUGAGUUGCAGAUUGAGAUGGAGAGGAAAGGAUUUCAUGCUGAUAUAUCUUUAUGUAAUCAGAUGGGGAAAUUAUUGUGUGAAAUUAAUCAGACUGAGAAAGCAAAGAUGCUGAUGAACAUAAUGAUUAAAAGGGGUAUACGCCCUAAGACGGUAAGCUUCAGUUCUGCAAUCAGCCAAAAAUGGCAAAGAAAGAGAUUUAGUGGAGUGGAAAUGCCGCUUCAUGAGAUACAAUAAUAAAAUAAAGGACUUGAAAACUGUUUUAGAUGUAGUCAGAGACACAGAAAUUACUUCCUGGAAGCUAGAGGCUCAGAAGCCAGAUGAGGUCAAAGAAAUCAGACUUCAUGUGCUUGUUGUUACAGGCAAGGUGGAUGUCUGUCAAACGACAAACCGGAGCUGCUGCUGAGAAGUGCUGAUAAUGUUUCAAGCCUCCAAGGUAGCAUAUCUUGCAGAAUGCUAUGAUGACAAUUUGGAACCCUCAUGGAUUAGAACAGCGAACACCACAUUACAAUCUUUUGCGUUCAGGCUGCAUAACCAGGGAAAAACAUUACUGAUGUACACAAAGCCUACUUUAAAACAUCUAAUCAUGAUUCGGAGCUUAUAUUAUUGAUACGGAGAAGAGUUAUGGAUGUAAGUAGGUUUUGAACAAAAAUUGAUUCACAGGGAGCCUCUGUCUCUGACCCUAAAUGAAGGUCUUUGUUUUCAGCCGAAAUGAUGAGAGGAAAAUUUAGUGGCAUUAUUAUAGCAUUCAUGGAUCCAGGGCAAUGCUACCUUCUUUUUUAUAUUAUUCCUUUUCCUCU